AUGCUUUCUAAUUUUUUUCUCACUAUUUGGCUGGAUGGGAAUAUCGAUAUUGGAACUACCUGCUGUAUCUGUCACGAGGAGAUCACUUCCUUCGUAAACCUCACAGGCAAACGCUGUGUGUGGUGCCAGCGCGUUGUCCACGAUGAGUGUGCCUCGCAGUUGGACGAAUUCUGCGAUUUCGGUAAGUUCAAAAACUACAUCAUUUCCCCUUCGUUCGUUCGCUCUUUCUACUCCAAGCCCUCCAGUCCAGAGUCUCCCAUCCCCGAGAAGAUUCCCUUCGUCCCCACCUCUCCUCCUGCCAACGCAUCUCGCACAUUAGUUCGAUCCAUGAGCGAUCAUUCAUCCUCCACUUCUUCCUUCUUUUCCACUUCUUCUGCUUCGAUUUUCGAUCCUUCCACCGAAGAUGAACUCCGAUUCCGGAAAUCGCGCGGGUCGUUCGAUGAUGAUUCUGUCGGCGGUUCCCCUCCCCCCAGCCUCACCGAAUACAAGCCGCGCGAAGUCAGCUGUCAAUUCGAGGCAGAGGACAAAAAGGAGGAAGCGCAGAGAACUCGGAAAUUCUCGUGGCAGUCAGUUUUUACCGAAAUGAAGUGGGAAUUGCCCGCUAAAAAUCAUUUUUACGAAUCCAAGAAAAGUACGAUUCUCAAACCCCGAUCACUGCGCAGCCCCGAGCUCAAUCGCUAUUUCGAGCGCGGAAAAACCGCGGAUCGCCGCAAAUGGAUCCUGAACAUCCCGUGCAACGAGACGCCGAUCCUCGUGUUCAUCAAUUCGCGGUCGGGCGGCCAGUACGGCAGCCAUCUUCUCCCGCAGUUUCGACGCGUGCUGCAUCCGAUCCAAGUCGUCGAUCUGCAGGAGAAAAACCCGCACGAGGCGCUUCGGAACUUCGUGGAACUGGAGAACCUCCGGAUUUUGGUGUGCGGCGGAGACAUAUCCAUGGAGGGGUCGGUGGGCUGGGUGCUGAAUAUGAUCGAGAAGUAUAAGUGGAAACGGAUGCCGGCGGUGGCGAUUCUCCCGCUGGGGACGGGAAAUGACUUGUCGCGCUCGCUGAAUUGGGGAAGCGGCUUUGUGGUGCUGGUUGAGAGAGAGUUUGAUGUAGGAUGGGCAGUCGACGGAGAAGAUUUUGAAGCAAGUGUCGACGGCGCGAUGUGGGAUUGGUGGAAUGAUUGGAUGAGUAGUGAUUUUAAUCGAAACUUUAACUGCUAUUUCUCCAUCGGAUCCGAUGCCGCCAUCGCGCUUCGCUUCCACACGAUGCGCGAGCGAAACCCCUCGCUGUUCAACUCGCAGCUGGGGAAUAAAGUCUGGUACGCCGCAGUGGGCGGCGGAGAAACGUUGAAUCCCUCCUAUCCGAAACUUUCUGAGAGCAUCGAACUGCUCGUCGAUGGAGUGAAAUGCGAAUUGCACGACGCGAUUAGUGUUACCUGCUUGAACAUUCCGUAUUAUGCCGGGGGAUCGCUGCCGCUGGGCGUGUCGGAGGACUAUUUCUCGAGCAGUGAUGGGAUUCUCGAAGUGAUCGGGUUUCGAAACAUUCUGCACUGUGCGACGACGCUGGCGGGAUUAAGCAAGGCGUUUAUGAUUGGAAGAGGAAGGCAUAUUCAAUUCAAACUGAAGGAGAAAUGUCCGAUUCAGAUCGAUGGAGAGCCGUGGAUGCAGAAGGCGGCAACUCUGGAUAUUCUGUAUCGAGGGCAGGUCCCGAUGCUGACGCAGCCAGCGAGUAAAGUGGAAGAAGCGGUAGGAGUGAUGAUGGAGUCGUUGGAGUGGGCGAAGGCGAUGAAGGUGAUUAAUGAAGAGCAAUAUCAGCAGAUCUUGUCAAAGUAUCAGGAGGAAUUGCGGCGUCGAAAGUACUGA